AUGACACAAAAAAAGAAUAUGCUGAAUGUGCAGAGUCCCGAUUGUAUCACCAUCGCUACGAUUGUCCACGAAAUCAUGCAUGCUCUUGGAUGCUAUCACGAACAUGUUCGCCCGGAUCGUGAUGAUUACGUAUCAAUUGAUACGAGUGCUUUGAAGGAAAAAUAUCAAAAAGAUCAAUCUUAUUGGGAUGCCAACUACGCCAGGAUGUCAUCCAGCCAAGUUGAUCUAUAUGGUAUUCCGUACGAUUACACAAGUGUGAUGCACUAUUCAAAAUAUGCAGCAGCCGCAAGUUACAGCAGACCAGUUCUAGUAGCUAAGAAACCCUGGAAGGGUGAUUUUGGAAAUGAAGUCGGCAUGACUGAUAGCGAUGUUAAGAUGCUCAACAAAAUGUACUGUUGA